CGCAGCGCCGCAAAACGCGAGCUCCAGAUGCAAAUGGAGUGGGCACCGCGCUGUCAUAUGGUACUGUCGCCGAUGCUCGAGACAGGAUUGAGGGUUGAGGAUGCUCUGAGGCUCAACGUAGGCAGUCGUGACGUGCUCUUGAUAUCAUAGCCGACCCUAGACUUGGAAUAACCCAGCUGAGUGUUUGCACCCUUCGCCUUGUGAGCGACGCGGCAUGCACAGGAACAAUGGGGAUGGUCAGAGGUUGCGCUGAGGACGCCAGAUGCCAUACCGCACACAUGUCCCCCCUUACAUACGAAUCCAGGCUCAACGCAGGUUAUUGAUUAUGAUUGAGGGGUUCGAACAGGGAGCCAGACGUUUCAGCAGCAGCAGCCGAGAGAGUGCAGCGAGGUGGAUGCUGCGCGGCGACGCGCCCCCUGAAUCCCUAAACUGAAUAUUGUGGACAUUGUUUGAGAGUGUGUGUGCAUAUGUGUGUGCGUGUGUGAGGGCGAGCGUGAAAGUGUGUAUGUUAGCACUUCCACAUGGCCUCCAUGCAGGACGGGGUGAACUUCUCUGCUCAUCCCUACGGCAAAGUACUGCUGCUGGGGGCCAUCGCCGCUGCCUCAGCCUUCGUUGUCACCAUCCUCAUCGUUGUGCUAUGUGUGGGCUGCCAGAGGAAGGGAAAGACACACAAUGGCCCUGGAGAGGAGAGGAAGCACAGGCUCAUGGACAUGAGUAUACUGCGACAGUCCAAGCUGACCUCCAUCAGUAAGUCAGACACCAAGCUUCAUGAGAUGAACAGACUCAACUGCAAUGGCAAGAAAUCUUCUAAGAAGAACCGUCCCGCCAGCAUGGAUCUGCUCUUACUUCCUAGCCGUCGCUCAAACUCCGACCUGCGUUCUCAGGGCCGCCAGCUGCCUCAGAUCCCUUCUGGUGAGGACGGGGAACACACGUACGCUGAGGUGGGCCGCCGCUCUUCUCCCACCCGCGGUUCUGAGGAUGCGCGCUAUGGCGUCGGAGGUCGAGCUGGAGAGACGGACACACCUGCCCCACCGGCGGUCCCUGCUAAUACCCCUGCUCCACCUGAUCCUGACGGGGACUGCUUGGAAGGUGGGAUUCCGGAGUCGGAGACCCUCCCCCAAGUGGUAAACACGCCCCCUCAACCACAGGAAACAGUGGAGUACGCCUGCAUCAGAAAGGUCCGGAGAGUGGACAAAGCAGCACAGAAGAGGGACAAUGGGACCGAGACCGAGGAGGGGCUCGGACAACAACAACGACACAGCAGUGGGGAAAUACGGAAUGCUCCGCCCACUCACCCAGCCCCGCCUCCAACGCACCCACACAGUCAGAAAAUUCCACGGAAAAACAUGGACACCUUCAAUCUUCCGUCUUUCCCUAAGGAGGCAGUGUUUAUGGGAAAUGGAGAACAGUACAUAUGGAAACCUCCGGAAGAAGAUGACAUCAUCUUCCAGCACAAGCAGAUGGGUAUUCUGAGCUCUCAUGCUGGAGAGAAUAUGGCAGCAUCUGCAGCAGGGAUCACAGAGAUGUAUUCGAAAGUUUGCAAACCAGGCAAAAAGAAGCGAGGCAUGCCUGGCUCACCCACCGCCGCGAGAGACAUCAGCGGCUUUAGGACCUUGGCUCGAGGUGACCGCGGUGAGCGUGACGGGGGUUUCAGCGUGGUAGUCAAACCCCAAACGUGGGCCCCGCAGGAGGGCAAAGGCACAAGAGCUCCACCCGGCUCCAUGGAGGACCACUGCUAUGAAGCCAUCAGCACUGAGGAAACAGAACUGGCUUAUGAGACCAUGGAGGGUGGGGGAGGCUGGAGACGCGACAGGCCUCCACCCAAUGCCAGUGCCACCUUGCGGCCCAAGCGGAAGCGGCCCCAGCAACCUUUGCAACAACCACCGCCACCCCCUCCACCCCACCCUCCACCCCCUCCACCCCCCCAGCAGACCCCCAAACUGCAGAAUCUCCCAGCCAAAACAAUGCUGAUUCCCGGGGAGAGCUUGUACGAGAGCAUACCUGACCUAAAACAGGGCUCGGCCACCUCCAGCACAACCACCAUCUUUACUUUUAAUGAUGGCAUGGAGAUGUAUGUCACUGGUCUGUAGGGGGUGCUCUGGGGAAGGGAACGUUCCUCUCUGGGGCUUGAAUCUUGAAUAGGGAGACGUAUGCGUGUUGUAACCCAAUGGAAUAUUUUACAUGGGUUUCAAGUAUUAGUUGAGCAUUAAUUGAGUUUUGUAAGUCUAGUUAAAGGUCAGUAUUCUUGCAGCACAAAACGACAAGAAAUGCUUACGUGAAAAUACAAACAAAAUGAUUUCGAUUAGUCUCACGCCUCCAUCACGAUGAAGAAAUAGUCACCAGCCACGACAUAUCACAACGGACACAACAUAUCAUAACCGACAGUAGCAUUCCUGUAGAGAAAAUUCUUAUUUUUUUGUCAUUACAUGCUGUAGUUAAGGACAAAGUGACCAUCGGAAUUGAGGGUCAAACUUGUAUUUGAUGCCUAGAAAAUUCCAAAGUAGAAAAAAAUAGAGCACAAGUCUAUAAAUAAAAAAAGUAACUUGAUAAGAAGCACAGUUUAAUUGUGUUCCCGUGGCCCUCUGAGAAGAAAAAAACAAAAACAAUUUGGUUAGAUGGCAAAGUACCAUCAAAAGUUAUUGCAAAGCAAAAUAUCUUAUAUCGACAAAAAUCCUUUAUUUAAUCUGUUCAUAGAAGAGUCCUAUUUUAAAAUGGCAAAACACUAUCUAUUACCGAAAAGCUUUAGGAAACACAUGGCCCUAUUUUUGUAAUGUCACAGCCUCUAUUUAUGUAAAAUAAUAAUAAUAAUUUUAGAACUACAAUAAAGAUUCUAAUUCAAUUAGCCAAACAGAUCCUGUAUGCCAAGAAAGUAUUUUCUUAAGCACAAAUAUCUCAUGCUUAGCAUGUCAUCUGUCUGAGACAGUGCCCUUAUGAAAUUGAAUAGUAGAUUUAAAAUCUGUUAAAAUUAAUAGAUUGUAAAUUGCAAUUGUCAAUAAAGCAAGAUCAUUGAGAGAAUAAGAAAAAGCUCAGGGACAGUGAACAAAAAUAUAAAAUAAUUGCACACAAAAUGUUAUGACAUAUCUCACAAGAGACCCCCAAUGUCUUUUCAUGUUAUUUUCUUGUUUUGGUCAUACAUCAAUUCAAACUGUCACAUAAGUCACCACAGCACUUCAAUGCGGUAAAGUAAGUGUUUUUCUUUGUCAAUACUGUUUAUGCACUUUGCCUGAUUAAAAAGAUGCAUGCUUUCAAGAAAAAAAAUACCCUUGUAAAGGGAUAAAAAAAAAGAAAAGAAAGAAAAAUGAAACUAGCACUGUCCUGUGGUAUCAGAGAAUGGUUUAUUUCUUGCUGUUGUUGGUGGAUUGUUUGAUUUAUAUGCCUUUUUCUUCAUCUGAGAAAGAGCACAAAGUGAAUUGCUUCAGGACUGGGGAGACCAAUGAGGACUCGAGGAGGACUCUCUAAAUGAAAAACUGGAAAGUUAGGAAUAUAACACAAUUGGUCAGAAGAAAUGUAUCAUAGACAAUCCCUUUCCCCCAUCAUUUCAGAAACAGUCAGGAUGUCCAUGUACUGUAUGUCCAGAUCAGAUUGAAUGGAAUCACAUACAUUAGAUUGUUGCGAAAAUUGCAACUAUGUUUUAUGGAAAUAAUGGGAGAUUUAAAAAGGUACAAUGACUAAGCGAUUUAAAAUGAGUGUAUGUCGCCCUGUAAGUCUAUGGGAGUUGGCAGUUUAUGGCCAGAUAAUGACAAGCUUCACCAGUGGACAAUGUCAAACUAUCUAUGAUAUGUGGACUUUAGCCGCUGUCUCUUGAUGUCUUUGAAUCGGAUUCUAAUGUGAUCUGGAUUAAAUUAUCCCAAAUGACCGGAGCGUACAUAAAGGGGCUCAGGUCAACCAAAUAUAAUCAAACCGCUUGUCUAAGCCCUCGUUGCUAUCAAACGUUGGUGCAAUGUUGUAAAUAUAAUACAAGAAGAAUUACAAAAGAAUAUGCAUAAAAGUGUGGGGGUGGGGGGGGGGUUGAUUUGCUCUUGGUGUUCCUGAAAGUAUGUGUUUCUUUCCAGUUGUCCUUUUGGAAUGAUUUUUCUCUGGUGAAAAAUUAUCUCAGCAGUAUCUCUGUGAGUUAUGAUUAUGUGCUUUGGGAUUUUUUGUUGUCCACAUCAUUUUAGCUAUACUGUGUAUCUCAAAGACCAGUUGAGUUUAGUGUGGCAGCUAAUGUUGUGCGUUUGCUUAUCAAACAACAGGGUGGUGUGUAUUAAAGCUCUGUAAUUAAGUACUAAUGUGCAAAAUAUUGUAAUGUUUUUAUAUCAAAAUGACUAUUCAUAAAAUGUCGGGUCAAGUUUAUACUUUUUUAAAUAAAGUAGCACUUCAAAAAACACAAAGCAUAUAGCAUUUACAUAGUGUUUUCUCGCAAUAAGCCAUCUAUUAAUUUUCUAAAGAGACGUGCUCAGACAGUCUGAUCUCACGGAAUAAUUUAACAAUUUUACAUGGUGCUGAUUAUGUAUGAAUUUGUAUAAUGUGAAUUGUAUGAAAACGUAUACUUUUGAAAAAGUAAGCAUGAAGAUUCACCCCAAACCUGUCUCUAAACCUAACUAUAAAUGGGAUUUAAGCAGAUCUUAUGAAAACAUAUGAAUGAGAUUGUAUGAAUUCAUAUAAAUUAUAGUUUGAAAUACUUAUGUAUUCUAAUUAGAUUGUGGUGGACACUUAACGGAAACAAUUAAUUUUUUGGUAAACACAUUUUUAGUGCUAACUACAGUAACAUGAUACUUACAAGUGUGCAUCCACAUUGGUUGUCAGAGUAACAACAAACACCAUGCACAAGAUUUUAGUAAUGGAUGUUUCUCUACGGUUUUUCAUACUCAUCUGAAAACAUUUGUCACAGACAAUCCCAUUAAAAAUCAGAAAGGGUGGAACUUGCUAUAUUUAUUUGCAACUACUACAGUUAAGUUAACCUUGUGAUCUGCUAUGAUCACUCAUAUUGAGAAGCAUUACAAUCUCAUUUUAAUUCGAUUUCUGGUGUUUUGCAUGUUAAGAAAAAUUAAAAUAAAUAGAUGUAAAAAUAUAGUUUUUCUGUUAUCUGUAAAAACUUGCAGAUUUGUUUACAGUAAAUAUUUAUGUCUCUGGGGACAUAUGAAUGGCAAAAGAGGAACUAAACCUGAAUGAAAUAUUUCUUAGUUCAGUAUUAAUAAGGAUAUUUAAAAAGAACUAUGGAUUUUAACAGCAACAAAGACAUGAGAUCUGACAUAGGCAAAAGUCUUGCUUCUCUGGCUUACUUAAAAAAGAAACAGAUGUGUGCCUGCAUUCGAUUUGCAUUUUGUGAUGUCUGUAGGCAUCAAUGCAAAAGGUUCAGCAAAUAUUCCAGAGGACAUUUCUCAUUUUAAAUCUGGAUGUGAUUAGUCUCUGAUUAAACCAGUUUUGAUUAGUUUAUACACUCAGGUAGAUGAGGGAUUGCAUUAGAGUUCUUUGUUUACCCUAAUUAGCCAUUGAAGCUGCAGUCACAUCAGCCUUUCACUGUGGUACAUGCUGUUCCUAUGACAACUGCCUCACUGUCAUGGUAUGGUAUUUAAGAAUUCCCCUCCAUUGAGACAAAAUCUCAUUGCAUUUCACAGUAAGAUUACAUUACAAACAGAUGGAGGAGGUCAUAGGAUUUUUUUAUUUCAUUCAAAUCCUCCACUAGAACAUAUGAACUUGUGUUUGUAAAAGUGUAACCUGUUUUCCUACCUCUCUUACUGUGUCCCUGCAUGUGUUUAUCUGUGAGAGUGUCACAAGCUUGCAACUGACUUGCUCUGAAAAAAAAUAGGUCAUCCUUAAAACAAAAAAGGGUGCAGUCAACAUAGCAACCGUCUGCUGUUUUUUUAUUGGCUGACUUGUUUCCAUAGUAACAAGUUAACCUUGAGGCUGCAGUUGCAGACCAGUUUGUUGUCUAGGCGAAUCCAGCAUGUAUGAAAAGCUCUGCUAAGUCAAGAUGUCACCCAUGUUUUAGAUCUCCAGCAACACUGAAGAAAGGGUCUGCAUGUUGUAGCAACCUAGUGAGAGUACAACACAUAGGAGUCUUUACCAUGUCAGCAUUGUACAGUGAAUUCAAAAAGUAUUCACCCUCUUUGAAUUAUUCCACAUUGAAUAUUUUUGUGGAAAUGGUACAUUAGGUUCUCAUAUGUAACACAACAUGUAUUGUACUGCCAUUUCAAAAUGUGGAGAGGGGAAAUUUUUCAUGCAGCGUUUCCACACUUUUUUGUCUUAGGUACUCCCAGAGCCCCAUAAGGAUCAAGUGCUGUUCUUAUUAACAUUAAACCAUAAAAAUUAUGCCAGAUAUUUACAAAUACAUUGAGAAAUUAUUUCCUGAUAUGCCGUUUCUGUCCUUAAAUGCUCUUGUGUGUGAAAUUUCUUAUGCAUUCUCAGCCCGAGCCUCCGUUGCUGAUUCCAUAAUGUAAUUUUUACAGCAGCAUUAACACGCUAUGGGGUAACUCCUGUUGCACGAACCAAUGGUGCUUCAACCUACCAAAAGGGGUAUAGCCAAUUGCUAUAUAAGUCAUAUCUGAGUGCCAUUUUGUCAAAAUUUUCUCCUUAAUUGUUCAUCUCCUCACUGGCUCUGCAAGCAAGAAGCCAAAGAGAAGAAAGAAGCUCAGCCUCCUGCUCACCACUGUGAGAAGAAGCCACUGGCAGCGGAAGAAGCUUGAUGCCUUCACCUGCGGCCAUCUGGCUUUUAAAAGAGCAUAUUGUCUGAGCACGCAGAGGUUGCUCUCACCGAGGUAGAAUGUUCUCACUGCGAGAACAUGAGUCUCGCCCUUUUCUGCUUGAGGAUCGCCUUUUUCCAUGAAGGGGAUCCUGCGAACUGCCACUCGAAAAAUUCUGACCACUUGCCAUCCAACCACAUGUCGGCCAUUCCUCUGUGAUUCCUCUGGACCUGCUUCACAUGCAGCCCCUCCAGUAUUGGCUCAAAGCCCAUGUCCCUCCCCAUGCUUGGUUUCUGGGAUGUUUUCAUCUCAGGGUAACCCACUGCUACAUCAGAGCUGUGGCCUCUUGGAAAAGUCCUCGCCUGUUUCAAUCAGGCGUCCUGUUGGAAGUGACCUCCAGGAGGAAGAUGGUCACAACAUAUGCCUCCAACUCAGGUUGGGGAGCUCUGUACAAGGGCAGACCAACGUUCAACUCUUGGUCAAACCUGGGGCAAUGCUUACACAUCAACUGCAUCGAGACAAUGGCAGUUUUUCUAGCCCUAAACCCUUCCUGUCGGCCUUAAAGGGGCACCACAUCCUGGUCCGUUCGGACAACAUGAUGGCGGUAGCCUUUAUAAAUUGCCACGGUGGUCUCAGGUCAUGUUCCCUCUACAGGUUGGCUUGAUGCCUCCUUUUAUGGGCAAACUCCUCCUGCUGAGAGCAGUUCAUGUGCCGGGCAGACUAAACCAGGGAGCAGACAUGCUGUCCAGGGGCAUUGUAGCUCGACGAGAAUGGAGACAACAUCACCAAAUGGUGCAAAUUAUCUGGUCUAUCUUUGGGAGGGCAGAGCUGGACCUCUUUGCCUCAGAAGACAACUUUCACUGCCAAUUUUUUUUUCAAAGCAGCAAGAUGCCCUGGCCCACAAUUGGCCCAGUGCUCGCCCGUAUUCCUUCCUCCUGGUUGCCCUGCUUCCUCAGGUCAUCAGACAGGUCAGUAAAGUCAGUAAAGUCCCACUCUAUAGGAAUCAGACGUGAUUCCCCAAGUUGAUUCAGCCCCUGGACAGGAGUCUUUGAAGCUCUCCGCGAGUGUAGCUAAUACCAUUUUGGAGGCUAGAGCUCCAUCUACAAGAUGGCUCUAGUCAUCCUCCAGUGACUUGUCCUACAUGUUAACUUUUCUACAAGAUCUGUUGGACAAGGGGUGCACCCCUCCCAUGCUCAGAGUAUAUGUGGAAGCUAUCACGGCAAAUCAUUCUCUCUUGGCUGGCCAAUCAGCAUAAACGACGUGGUCUCUGAGGGGAGUUUCUGAGGGGGGCUCGGAGAUUGAAUCUGCCUCGCCCUCAUGCUAUUCCAACUUGGGACUUAUCUAUAGUCCUCAGGCCCCUAUGGGGCCCUCCCUUUGAGCUACUCCAGUCAGGCGACUUGAGGCCCCUGUCACUUAAGACCGCCCUUUUUUUGGCUUUAGCAUCAAUCAAGUGAGUGGGUGACAUGCAAGCACUGUCAGUAAGUGCUUCAUGUCUUGAGUUUGGGCCUAACGACUGUAGAGUCAUCCUCAAGCCAAGACAAGUCUACAUGCCAAAAGUGCUCUCCACUCCAUUUAGAGGACAAGUCAUCACCCUUCUAGCGGUCCCCAAUUAAGAAGGUGAGCAGGGUCCUAAUCCACUCUGCCUAGUUUGGGUCCUUAUAGUGUAUGUUGAGCACUCUGGCUCGUUUCGGCACUCAGAGCAGCUCUUUGUAUGCUUCGGAGGCCACUCUAAAGGGUUGCCAGUCAUGGAGCAGAUCUCACUGGAUAAUGGAUGCUAUAGCCUUGGCUUACACCUCAGUAGGCUUACAGUGUCCUCCUCCUGGGCUUGGUCCAGACACCAACACAAUCUUGCAGCUACACGAAUGUGAUAAAUCAGGCUUCAGUAUCAGAGUAAACAGGAUCUUCCCCAAAGCAUGUUAAUGCAAAGCUCAUUCCGUUAUCUCAGGGAACAGAGUUUACAUAAGUAACUGAAGCAUUUUCCAUCUGAGGGCGUGUCUAUAUGCGGGUGCGUGCACAGAAAAAAGCAUGUUUUCUAUAGGCAAUAAAAGGUAAUGUAAAAACA